GUCGAGCUGACUCGAGCUCAGGCAGCGGGGAGGAAGGAGACCUGGAGACUCUGCCGCGCGCAAUGAUGGUUUUGUGAAUUUGACGACAAGGUGGAGGAUUACGACGCCAGCACAAAGAGAAAACAAAAGUCAGCUAAUCCAAGCACUGCACAGAAGACAGCAAAUUCCUGCACCAGCAUGGCAGACCAGAAAGACAACAUAGAUGACUUUAAAGUCCAGACAGCCAAGCAUCCGAACAUAGGCUCGGCCCCUUUACGGCCACACAGUGAACAGUCUAAAGACCGGGCGUCCAAAAGGCUUUCGUCCGAGUCUAAUGGGACCAGCGAAGGAGGUGUGGGGUCGUCCACGCCAGUGGAGAUGACUGCGUUGGAAGAGUCGUUUCGGCGCUUCGCCAUCCACGGUGACACUCGCGCCACCGGCAAGGAGAUGCAUGGCAAGAACUGGUCCAAGCUCUGCAAGGACUGUGGCGUGAUUGACGGCAAGAACAUCACCCUCACUGACGUGGACAUCGUCUUCAGCAAAGUCAAGAAGAAAUCCUCUCGCAACAUCACAUACGACGAGUUCAAGGUUGCACUUGGAGAGCUGGCCCGGAAGAAAUACAAAGACAAGACCGGAGAGGAGGCAGAGGCCGAGGUGUUCAAGCUGAUUGAGGGGAAGGCACCGGUCAUUGCAGGAGUCACGAGAGCCGUGGCUUCCCCGACAGUGAGCCGUCUAACGGACACCACCAAGUUUACAGGGUCGCACAAGGAGCGGUUCGACAACACCGGCCGUGGGAAGGGCAAGGCGGGACGAGAAGACAUAGUCGACACUUCCGGAUACGUCUCGGGAUACAAACACCGAGGGACAUACGAAAAGAAAGUGAACAAACCCACCGUGGGCAAACCCAUGUGAGGGCGAGGAUGAGGAAAUAAACAUUUGAUCAACUACUAGGAUAAUUUUCUAUUAAAAGAGUACUCAAAGAAAGCACAAAAGAAUAGGAUUUCAUAUAUUUUCCCACCCAUAUAUUUUGUGUGUGUGUGUGUGUGAGUGUGUGUGAGAGAGAGAUGAUUUUGAGUUCCUCUCUUUGUGAAGUGUGAGAACUGGAAAACUGUUUACAUCUAUUUUUACAAAGUCAUCACCAGCUGGUACAUUCCUGUCUGAUUGCAAGUUACUGCCAAACACUGAAGAGAACAUCCGAGAGAAACUGCUAUGCCAUGAAUAUUAAAGCUUUGUUGUUAUGAUAGGGCCUUGUAAUAUUAAUUGAGCACAAAUGAAACAACAUGCCAAGAAAAACAAAAGUCGGACAACAGUUUGAUGAAUUAACAACAAUGCACUUUUUAAUGGAACUUUUUCUAUUCCCAUAUUCUGCUGCAGAGAUGCAUUUUUAAUUUGUUUUGCAGUUUCAGUGACGAUUGGCAUACAUUUUUGACAUUGAUGUUAUCAGUUUGUUUCUUUUGAAAACUUCAAUUCUUAAUUCCAUCUUCAGUGUUGUCUGCCCCCCCCAUCUUGUUAAAUCUUGAAAAGAAAUCUGCUGUUCGUUGUUUUGUUUAUUUUAUGAGCUCACACUGUCAUUUGAGUCAUUUGCCUUCAGCUCAAGCCAAGAAAAAUAAUAUUAAGGGUUUCGUUAACUUUUCUGGGCAAAAAUACAAUUUAGUUCACUGCUCGACUGAACAACGCUGCCAUAUCUUUUUGAGUCUGUGAAUAUGUAAAACAUGAAAAUCAAAAUUCCUUCCAUGCAAGCCUAUUUUUCUCUUCCUUUGUCAUUAUUCAGACCUUAUUGUAUCCACCGUCAAAAACUGUUUUGCUAACAUGCUUUUUGAACUUUAAAUUGGUGAGUUCAGUCGAAUAAGGAAGUUCUAACCACAGCAGAUGAGCUGAGUUGUACAAGAUUGUAUUUUUAACAUUUGACUUAUAAUAUUUCCUCAUCAGAUUUCUAUACAGUAGUUCUAAUAUAUUUGUGGUAAGAUUGUGUAUAUUCUAAAAACUUGUGGCCACAUGGCUUAAUUUAUGACACUGGCUCCAUAUGUUGUUUUUUUCUGUAUUGCUGUACUUUGUGCAUGUUAAUGUAUAUUGCAUUUGAUUCAGAAGCAUAUAGAUGACAGUAGGAGUUUGUCAUGUCUUAUCUGAACUGCCGUGCCUGCUGUGAGGACAGACUACUGGACAGAUUUAAAUAUUUUCUUGCAAAAAAAACAAACAAACAAAAAACAAAGUGAUGAAUUGUGGGCUCAUGAUAAAAUCUUGUAUUGCUUGAAAUCAAUAUAUAUCAACCUGUACAUGUCAGCUGCACUCUGAUGCUAUUAUAAUUUGUCUGUCGGUAAAGAAAAAAAGUACCUUUUAUGGGUGGUACUGUCAUCCAAGGCACAAACUCCACUGAAAACAAAAGCAGGGUUUUACUGUUGUAUCCUCCCAUACUGUAUGUAUGAGAUAAAGGGAAAAAAUUACUUGCAAACAAGUAAUAUACUUUUAUAUUUUUCCAACAUGGUGACAGUCUUUCAUAUUUCCUGUAGUCUCAGCUGAUAAAGAAUCAUGCAUCAAGUGCAAAACUAGCAGCUAUCAGUGUGUUAGUCUUUGUCUGCUCCAGUAGCUUGAAUAUGAUCUGUUUUCUGUGCUUAAUGCCAAAUACUGUGCACCUUUAAUGUGGAGAACCACAUUGUCUUCUUUUCUUUUAAAAUAACUUAAUGUACUAUUGUGCCCCGGUGCAUGCAGUGUGUUUUUGUUCUUGUUCUUUAGGCCUCUUAAUGUGUGUUCAUGAUUUGUAGUGCAUAAUUGAAAAUAAAAAAGAAAACACA